AUGGAAGCUCACAAAAUGUUCUCUGUCACCUACCUACUAUUCCUCACCCUCACCAUUUUCUCUGCCAUCUCAGCACGAACUCUCGAGGAGCAACCACCGGUUCCUGUAGUCCCUCCGGUGGUGUCUAAUAUAAUCAGCACACCUUCCAUCAAUGCUGUACCAGUAGUCACUCCUUCAGCUACACAGCCUGCCACAGUGGCUGAUGACCACCAUUCCCUAGUCUUCUUCCUGCAUGACAUUCUAGGGGGCACAAACCCCACAGCUAGAGCCAUGACAGGGAUAGUCAAUAGCCCUGCAGUCAAUGGUCAAGUACCAUUUGCCAAACCAAAUGGAGCAGUCCUGCCAUUUAACAAUGGGGUACCCCAGAACAACAACAACAACGGUAUUCUAAGCAACAACAACAUCCCUUUUCUCACUGGACUCAGUGGAACUACCCAAAAUGCGAUACGAAACAAUAACAAUAACAACAACAACAAUUUCAUCAAUGGUGGACAGCUCUUUCCAGGAGGCUCAUCACUCCAAAACCUCAUGUUUGGCACAAUGAGUGUGUUUGAUGAUGAGCUAACCGAAGGGCAUGAGCUGGGGUCUGGUUUGGUUGGCAAGGCACAAGGUUUCUAUGUGGUGAGUUCUGAAGAUGGUACUAGUCAGACUAUGGCUUUCACUGCUAUGUUUGAAAGUGGGGGUUAUGCUGAUAGUCUUAGCUUCUUUGGGGUCCAUCGUGUGGCUGCUUCGGAGUCUCACUUGGCCAUCAUGGGUGGCACCGGAAAGUAUGUUGAUGCGAAAGGGUUUGCCAUUGUUAAGACCUUCCCAGCUACCAAUGAGCAACAAACUGAUGGAGCUGAGACCUUGCUGCAGUUCAUUGUUUAUAUUACUUACUAA